AUGGCCUGCUGUGCUACUAGCUUCUGUGGCUUUCCCACCUGCUCCACUGGUGGCACCUGUGGCUCUAACUGCUGCCAACCCAGCUGCUCCCAGUCCAGCUGUUGCCAGCCCAGCUGCUGCCAGUCCAGCUGCUGCCAGCCCAGCUGCACCCAGUCCAGCUGCUGCCAGCCCACCUGCUCCCAGUCCAGCUGCUGUCAGCCCAGCUGCUGCCAGACCAGCUGCUGCCAGCCUACCUGCUGUCAGACUAGCAGCUGUCAGACCAGCUGCUGUGGAACUGGCAGUGGCCAGGAGGGUGGCAGUGGAGCCACGAGCUGCCGUGUUAGAUGGUGCCGCCCUGACUGCCGCGUGGAGGGCACCUGCCUGCCCCCCUGCUGUGUGGUGAGCUGCACACCCCCAACCUGCUGCCAGCUGCACCACGCCCAGGCCUCCUGCUGCCGUCCAUCCUACUGUGGACAGUCCUGCUGCCGCCCAGCCUGCUGCUGCCACUGUUGCGAGCCCAGCUGCUCUAAGCCCAGCUGCUCUGAGCCCAGCUGUUAA